AUGAUGGUCUGUCUUGUCAUGGGCGAAACGAGCGAACUUGACGUCGUGGCGGCUGGCGAAACCUUCUGGGACUCACUCGCGGGCAGUAUUGUGGCUACUAUUGGUUCAAUGACGAGGGUCCAAAUUACCUGUCGUCCCAAUAUGACAUCCGUCUGCACUUCCACGCCUGUCCCAUAUCCAAAGGAAAUGACAUUUGGCUCUGACAUGCAGGUAUGGUCUCUUCAAACAGGCCAAAUAGGCGUACCGACUCAGGGCUGGGAUUUGAUUUCAGCUGCCUUCAGUUGUAAUGUCCCUCUCACAACAGAGGGAGCUCGCUGUGCACUGACUAGAGUGGUGUUUUGGUCGACUGGAUCCGAGACUUGGACUUCAACCUUCAUCACUACAACGUCUUACUCGCAACCAGAUGUUCUCAAAGCAAAGCUUUUGAUUACUGCCGGGUUGGAAAAGCUGCAAAUUUCAUCCCAGGCCACCGUUGUUGACACCACUUCCACAAUCCCUGUCGGUUCUCUAGCUUCCACGGCUACCUUAAGCCCCAUGUCUGUUACCAGUAUAACCGGUGACGACAACUCCAAUGCCCAUCAAGACUCACCGAUCACAAGCUUAGAGUCAGUGAGCGUCUCCACAAGUCCGAGCAUCCCCAGUCCUACGACAACACCUAGCCCUGCCCGAUCCAAAAGGUGGUCAACCAACAAGACCAUCACAAUUUCUGUGGCAGCCGGUGCGGCUUUCUGUGUCAUUCUAGCUAUGGCCUUCUGGCAUUUCAAGAAAAAAGGCUUGAGGGAUAGCGGCUCUAAUGGCACUAGUUCCCUUAGUACCAUCGUUCCUGCUCCUGGAGGUCCCGAGACACAGUCUCCUGUCGGGCUCGAGAGCCCAUCAGAGCUGCCGGCAGGAGGUGAUGCAAGUAUACGACCAGAGCUGGCAUCAUCUGACAGCAGUUCAAGUGGGGGGACAACUGAAAGGUCUCCGCUGGUGAAAAUGUCAGCCGAAGACUAUUUAGCUGCCGCACGUGAAGCACUACGGUCAGAACAAAUGAGUCGGGUCGUGGAACUGCCAGCCAACCGCAUUCAACUAUCAACUAUUGAUGAGGAAGUCUUGCUGUCAAGCAGAGAACUCGCGCCGGUGGAACUGCCGGUGGACGGUCAUCAGUUGGUGCAUGAGCUGGAGUGA